AUGUUCAGUAUUUCCGUUAUCAAGGAUGCUUCCCUGGCAGCUUUAAUUGGCACAAUUUUCCGGACCAUGGAUUUUGUUGGUUUUGCUCCCGCAGCUACGCUCUUUGUCGUUCCAAUCAAUAUUAUUAUUCCAGUGCCAAUUCCAGUAUUGAAUGGAACCAAAUUUUCGCUUGACAUAGAGUCAUAUGAAAGCUCGCGGUUUUCCAGUAUCUCACAACAAAUCGCAAAAAAUUCAGCAUCUCUGGCUGAUGUGGUGUCUUUGGGUCUCACGCUCAAGUGCAGAGAAGCUAAAAGUACUGAGCAAGCUAACUUUGUUCAACGAGCGACUGAUAGGGAAAAAUCUCAAUCACAGUUUAUUGUCCCUCAAAUCAAUGACUCGAUUUGGAACAACUCAAUAUCUGGGUUGGGAAAAUACUCACAGUACCUCCUCUUCUAUUUUUCACCUCGGCCAGAUGACCAAAUAUCACGGGCAGGCGAGCUCGGUCUCCCGGUUUCGCUAUCGACAGGCACCGGUCGCACGUUUUGGAUCCCUUAUUUGAUCGACAAUCCUCUCCUCCGUCUAUUUACCGCAUGCGACGACAUACAGGCUUCACUAUUCAAGUCCCUGUUCCCUCCCAGUGGCGAUGACUUUGAGAAAAAAUUACUAAUCGAGCCAUGGCAGUGUCGCAAUCGAACCUCCAUGAGAGCAAUCGAGGAUCUUUCCAUCAAUAUCCCCAUAGGUUGUCUUGGUUCUCCCAGUCUCACUAGUAGCAGCACAAAGUAUGCUAAUAUCACCACCUCAGACACCAAAAAUGUCUACGUCUAUCAUCCUCUGUACCUCGUUCUUUCCUAUAAUAUCGGGUUCUUUCUGGCAAGCCUUUGUGGUGCAAUUGGUCUUUACUCAAUGCAUCUUAAUGGCAUUUCGCAUUCAAACUCCUUCUCGGCUAUCAUGCUUACAACAAGGAAUCCAGACUUGGAUAUUCUGGCAAGAGGGAAGUCGUUGGGAUCUGAUCCAUUGUCUAAAAGUAUCAAAAACACAAAGUUAAGGUUUGGACCGUUGAUAUCACAACAUGGUCCUGAGAAGAGAGGAUCUGAUGAUUCUCCACGGCACGUUGCAUUCGGGCCUGAGGGAAGUGUUGACGAAUUGAAGAAGGAUGGAAAAUACAUGUGA